AUGGCUCGUGAGGACAUUUUUAUAGUAUUGGUUCACCACAAGGGAUCGAUUAAGAGAAAAACUCGGUCCGGUGUGAAGUUCACCGAUAAGGAUUCUGUCUGUAUUAUCGUGAGUUCUACGACGACCUAUGUUGACCUUGCUAGGUCGGUACUGCUGAAACUUGGUCUGGAUGGUCAUGUUUCUUUGUCGACGGCAGUUUCCCGAAGUGCGGACACCGGAGCUGUUGGCAAAGCUGUCCCUGCGUACGAGCCACCCGCCCCGCCUGUCGCCUCCCAUUCGUUCGCUGUUGAUCUCAACGGCAGUGUUGGCGACGAGGUUGGAACAGCGGAACUUCUACCUACCUCUGUACACUGUGCUGCACGGGCUGGGGCUGGAGAUGGAUUGUUUAAUGAUCUAGAGGACGAUGAUGUCGAGCCAGAUAUGAUUGCUGAUGACAGUGGCGAUGAUAUUGGAGCGAGUGAGCUUGCCGGUGCGGGUGGUGGUUCUAGCUCUGGCAAACAGCAGUACCCUCCAUAUUUUUCAUCUUUGGACCUGGAGGCCAUGAGGCAGGCUGGGGUACCUGGGGAGCCUGCUGGAUUUGGUGCUAGAGAUGCAGAAGGGUCAACUGGUAUGGCAGAGUUCCAGUUCGGGAAUGGGUGCACAUGGUUGAUUCGGCUGAGUCUCCCGCAGCGCAAGGGCAUUUGGGAGGUCAAACGGUACAAUGGACCACAUACUUGUCUGGCCAGCUCUAUCUCCAGCGAUCACAGGAGUUUGGAUUAUCAUGUGAUAUCGAUAUUCAUUAUGCCCAUGGUUAGAGCCGAUGCAUCCGUCAGCAUCAAGGUGCUCCUAAAUGCGACUGCCUCAUACUAUGGGUUCAGGCCUACGUACAGGAGGGUCUGGAUGGCGAAGCAGAAGGCUGUUGCGCUCAUUUAUGGUGACUGGGAUGAGUCUUACAACGAAAUCCCAAGGUGGGUGUUAGGAGUGCAGCUGACCAUGCCUGGUUCUAUUGCAGUUCUUCGAACUAGCCCUGUUUGUGUUGGGGGACAGCUGAACAAAUCUCAGGCUUAUUUUCACAGACUGUUCUGGACUUUUCCACCGUGUAUCGAGGCAUUUUGUCAUUGCAAGCCGUUAGUGAGUAUUGAUGGGACCCAUCUAUAUGGCAAGUAUGGGGGGUACUCUGCUUGUUGCGAUUGCACAGGACGGGAACUCCAAUAUACUCCCUGUUGCAUUCGCACUAGUCGAGGGUGA